AUGAAUGGGGCAAUUAAAUACAGUAAGAUUGAUUUGAAGGCUGGGUAUCACCAAAUUCCCCUUGAGAAGAGUUCCAGGUCCAUUACUACAUUUAUUACGCAUCGUGGAUUGUUUCGCUAUAAACGAUUACCUUUCGGUAUCAACUCGGCCAGCGAGGUAUUUCAGCAUGCUAUCGAGAAUGCCAUUCGAGGGAUAGACGGAGUUCGUAACAUCGCGGAUGAUAUAAUUGUUUGGGGGUCAACACAACAGGAACAUAAUUUACGGUUAGAGCAGUUAUUUGCUCGCUUAGACGAGUCCGGCUUAACCGUAAAUAAUGACAAAUGUCUAUUUGAUCAGAGAGAACUUUGGUUCUAUGGCUUUCUCCUUACUGAUUCAGGCAUAAAAGUUGAUCCAAGGAAAGUUGAUGCAAUUAAGCAUGCUAAGGAACCAAAGGACACAAAAGAACUCCGUAGUUUCCUAGGGCUAGCAAACUAUUGUUCCAGAUUCAUCAAGAACUUUUCAACUCUUACAUCCCCCUUGCGAGAACUUACUGUAGCCAAAACACCCUAUGCAUGGACACCUAGACACACAGCAGCAUUUGCUGCUAUUAAAGAAGCUAUACAGAAAGACUGUAUCAUGCAUUUUUAUGACCCAAAUCAGAAAACAUGUCUAACAGUCGAUGCAAGCCCCACAGGUCUUGGAGCAAUAUUGUCUAACAUUGACAGAGCAGGUAAUUUGCAUAAUGUAGCAUAUGCCAGUAGGUCACUCACUCUAACUGAACAACGGUAUUCACAAACCGAACGAGAGGCCUUAGCCGUUGUCUGGGGUUGCGAACGGUUUCACAUGUACCUCAUUGGUGCAGAAUUCACAAUUUGCACCGAUCACAAAGCCCUUGAGGUAAUUUAUUCACCCAAAUCCAAACCACCUGCUCGGAUUCAACGGUGGGCUCUUCGCUUACAACAAUACAAAUUUAAUAUAAUAUAUCGCAAAGGCGAAGGCAACCCUGCUGAUCUACUUUCUAGACAACCACUACCUGUAGUAUACACUGAACAUUGUGACAUUGCUGAACAAUAUAACAAUUUUAUAGAGAAGAACACCAUCCCGAAGGCCAUGAGUAUCGAGUCCAUUAUUGCAGCAACUGCAGUUGAUCCAGAAAUGCAAUCAGCGAUUGAAAGUAUCCAAUCGGGUGUCUGGGCAAAGCAUCAUCCCUUUUAUGCAGUGAGAGAAGAACUCGCUGUCACACCAAACAGUCUCUUGCUCCGUGCAAAUAAGUUGAUCAUUCCAACAAGGCUUAGAAAUGAAACCAUGACACAUGCCCACAAAGGUCAUCAGGGCAUUGUCAAAACAAAACGAGCCCUGAGGACGAAAGUGUGGUGGCCGCGAAUUGACAAAGAUGCGGAAGAAUUUAUUAAGCAUUGUCACGCAUGCCAGUCUCUCGGGCAUGGUGAUCCGCCACCGCCUCUUCAACAACACAAAUUGCCCUCCAAACCAUGGGAUAGACUUCACAUGGAUUUUUGCGGUCCAUUUCCCACGGGGGAAACACUUUUUGUUGUCAUUGAUUCAUAUUCAAAGUUCCCAGAAGUGGAAAUAAUGAAAUCCACUACUGCCAGCGCCGUCACGAAUCGCCUGGACAGAAUUUUCGCAGUUCAUGGCAUUCCCACUGAAAUCUACUCGGACAAUGGUCCACCGUUUGCUAGUGAUGCAGUGAAGAAAUUCAUGCGAAAUCGCGGAAUAACUCACCGGCUUGUAACACCUUAUUGGCCACAGGCCAACGGGGAAGCCGAGUCGUUCAUGAAGCCCCUCGGUAAGGCUGUAAAAGCAGCGAAAAUGGAAGGAAAGGAUUGGAAAGAAGAGCUACAUGGUUUUCUGUUAGCUUACAGAACUACACCACACUGUACCACCGGGGUAGCACCAAGUCAACUGUUGUUCAAUCGCGAAGUUCGUACGAACAUGCCAACUUUUGUGAAAGAGGGGGAUAUUGAUUACAAGAUUUUACACGAACAGGCUAAGAUAAAUACGUCAGAGAAGCAGUCGAAAGCGCAGCAGUAUACAGAUAAAAGACGACGAGCUCGGAAAGCAAACAUCGAAGUAGGAAUGAAAGUUUUGGUGAAACAAGAACGAAAAAACAAAUUUAGUACUGUUUUUGAUCCAACACCUUUGACUGUAACGAAAGUUAAUGGCACAAAGAUAACCGCAGCGAGACACGAUCUCACUACCACCUGA